AUGCCAGGGGUCCCAAAGUCUUGUGCCGUCUGCCAGGCUCGUAAACCGCCUCGCAGUGUGAUCGAAGGAUUCCCGCGUGCUCUCAAUGCGUCAAAUACCAAUGGGACUGCCCUGGAAACGUCAUCGAGGGAGAAGAGGCUUCGUAGUCCGCCCAACCUUUUGGAUGCCUCCGCUUGGGUUCAGAGAAGUCCCGUUCAAGAAUUAAUCUCCUUUCCAUCACCUACCGGCCGGCCAAGCCGAUGCCGCAUGUGGCCCGAGGAAAACCACAGUGGCUCUUCUCGCUCUCCUCGUUUGAGUAUUUGGUCGCCAGCACUCCAGAUAUCGCCAGUCGCGCUGGAGUUGGUUGACUGCCUCUCGUCAACUAGCCCAGGCUUGUCGCUCCAUGAAAUCGGAGGCUUUAUAACUCUAGUACCCGCCAGACUUGGUGUGAGUGAUGCUCUUGACACGGCAGUCAGGUGUCUAUGUGCUGCCUAUACCACAUUUGCUUCACCGAGGCCCUCAUCCCACUCAUUACACUAUAACAGGGCGUUGAGCAGCUUGCGCAAAUCGCUCUGUGAUCCCGCUGAGGCAUUGUCUGCGGAGACACUCUGCGCUUCUAUUUGUCUUUCUUGGUAUGAGACCAUGGUUGACAGGCGAAACUCGGCAUGGCUUGCUCACUCCAUUGCCUCUGCCGACCUGAUCCAACUUCGUGGUCCAGACGUACAUAUGACUGGUUUUGACCGAGCACUUUUGCUUGCGCACCACGGCCUAAUUUCGAGCCAUGCCCUGAUGCAGCGAAAACCAUCUUUCAUGUGCGAGCCCGCCUGGAUCGCCGUCGUUGAUCCCACCGCAAGUGUUGAUGGUCAUGGUUCCCAUGCCCAACUGAUCGUCGAGCAUUUCCAACAUCUCGAUGGUCUGUCGCUUGUUCGAAACCGCAUCAGCGAGGUUGUAAGCGCGGGUGAUUAUGAUCAGUCGAACCUUCCGCAGCUCACCGAGACCUUGAAAGGUUUGCGGCUCGCUUUAAGAGAUCAUUUACCAAUACCGCAAGACCACUUUGAGUGGCUACGUUCAGGACAGCCGCUGCACAUCGAGACACCGCAUCCGGUUCUCCUUUGCAAGGAUGCAUUGGCCUAUGUAUCUAUCAACAUUGAGGUUUUGAACCUAGUUGACAAACUUCGUUGGGCGGCAGACCGCAAUUUAUGCCUGGCAGAAACUAUAAGCAAUGUCAUCUGCAUUUUCAACAGUGGUGAGAGGGAGGGGCACGACGAGGGGAUUUGUGACGAAGCAACUUUCCAGGCUUUGCAAGAAUCCUUAAACGCAGAGAUCGAGGCCCUCUUCUCGUUGGCUAGUCAUGUUUACCAGAAAGCGAUUUUUGUUUCACCGCUGUCCUGCCGCCGCCUGGCGUCAAUUUAUCAAGCCUUGUACCGCUCUCUUCAAACGAGAGGGGAAUGGUUACACCCUAUUUGGCAUAGAAUGAUGGAGAUGUUUGUAAAUAGGUAA